GUGGAAGAACCAGUCUGGCAACGACCCAUGUUGCGUGGGACCUUAACACGUUCUGACUAACACAAACCACUUUCGCGCCAAACGUGUGUCUUAUACAAACAAAAUCAUUUAUUUUCUCACCAUAUACCUUUUUGCAAGCCACGUUGGGCGCAUCGGAUUCAGGGGACCUACUAGAAAGGCCACCUUGCGUUUUCGAGGGAAAAGUUACGAGAAUUGAGAAGCCUCAGGCAAACGACCUAAUAACAACAACCAAGUGCCCCGGGACUGUAACAGUGCAAGUGCGUCUCCUGUCUGAAGCAAGAAGAAGUGCAGAUUCGCCUAGCUGUCCAUGUACAUGGGAGCGGCCCUUUACACCAGCCAAAUUUAUCCUGUUAACUGCGACCUUCUGUGCCUCUUUCUAAAGACAAAAAGAUGACAUCCGCUAUGCACAAACUACUGUUGGGAUCGUUCAUCGCGGCAAUCAUUGUAAAUGUGGCUCAUGCGCAGCCCGCGUGUGACGGCAACCGGCAGAGUUUCGCGUGCUCCUGUUCCGACUCUUCCGACGGACUGUCCGUGUCCUGUGAAUACAGGGGCUUCAAGGAGAUUCCCGAAGGAAUACCCGAUGACGUCGUCUCCUUGAACCUCAUGCACAACAAGAUAGAGGAGCUGAAGACAGGCCAACUUGAGCGUUUCAGUAAACUGAAGAGUCUUGUUUUAAAACACAACGGACUCCACACCAUCGACGAAAAGGCAUUUUCGGGACUGAACGAACUUGAGGUGUUAGAUCUCUCGUACAACAAGCUGACGUCAGUUCCCUGCGACGAAUUUCAGUGGACAUCCAACUUAAAGACUCUUCAUAUGACGGAGAAUCUGGUGACGUCACUUUCCGGACAGUGUUUCAGUCGUUGAAACAGAUAGAAGAGAUUGAUCUAUCCAGCACAUCGAUCAGCUCAGUUGAAGAGAUUCCGUUUGACCAGCUAAAAAAUCUUAAGCUUUUGGACCUAUCGGGAAACAGCCUGGAGACGAUUCCGGCAGGUUUUUGCCCUGAGAAGGGACAAACGGUGAACCUCCACUGGAAUCCGUGGCUGUGUGACUGUGCACUGAAACCGCUGCGGGAUUGCGAAAGUCUCAGUACCGAGAUCAAAUGCGCCAUGCCGUACCAUAUCCGAGGAUGGAACAUCGGGGACCUGGAAAACGCCGACCAGUGGAUGACUUGCGGGCUCCCGAAGGCGGUGUCAUCGAAGGUCAUGUACAUAGAGGAAGGAGAUGCGGUGAAUCUGGCCUGUGACCCGAAAGUGAAUCCGUACGGUGACGUGGUGUGGUGGCUAGUGGAGGAUGAGACGUGGCAAGCCCGCGGCGAGCUGACCAUCUACGUCAAGAACGACCACGCGGGGACUUACGUCUGUGCCGACUCCAAGGACAAGACAAAAUGGGCCUUUCAGGAGAUAAGAGUCAUCCCCCCUGAAAUAUCACCUACACCUCCGGUUAUCCCGCAGUGGAGUACCGCAGGAAGGGGCAGUACUAAAGGCAAGACGACACCAUUGAAGACAACCCCAUCUGAACACGGUAGCAGUUCUGCGUCUCCGGAAGAAGCUGUGCAGAGCACGCCGAAGUCGGAGUCGUCUUCAAGUGGCGGUGGGGACACUUUAUCAGGAAACGGAGCAAAUGGCAACAUCCUUAGUUCUUCAGCCCCUUCUACGACGGAGUCAGCAAAAAAAUAUACAGCAUCAGGGGCUGAGACCUCUCCAAAAGGCGUCUUGCCGUCAACGACCCAAGGAUCGGGAGAUGCGGCAUUGGCAGCGACCGAGAACGCCGGUGAGAACAAUAAUGCCGUUCCGUUAGUGCCAGGUUCAGGGUCAAAAACAACGCCAAUGACGUCAACUUCAUCAGGCGGUGGAGGGGUCUUGGACGGUUCGGGGUCAAAAACAACACCAAUGACGUCAACUUCAUCAGGUGGUGAUGGAGGCGUCUUGGACGGUUCAGGCUCAAAAAUAACACCGAUGACGUCCGAGUCAUCUGCUGGUGCUGGCGCUUUAGGUGGGCCCUUGUCCGGUUCAGGUGGCCAGACGCCGUCGUCGCUACCGCCACAGAGCGGUGAAAAUGGUGUUUCGGAGAAGUCAAGGCACAGAGGGGACUCGCCGUAUCCGGGUGGUUCCAAUUACGACAAAGAUCGGACGACACAGAAAGCCGUUUCGGUUAGUGGAGGUGCUUUACUAGGGGCGGGGGUGCUUCCGGACGGUUCCGUCGUCAGGGUACCGGUUGACAAAGACGACAAGCCGAGCGGCGGACAAGUGACAAAAACGGGCGCCGCAAGAAGAAGCGACUUGAGCGGCCUGUGGGUUAUAAUCGCGGUAGCUGCUAUCGUAGCAACAUACAUACUCAUUGGCUUGCUCUGCUGCAUCGUGUACAAGUGUAGAAAACGAAGAGGCAAUCGUACCAAGAAGGUACCUGUAGUUAUGAUCGAGGAAAGCCCCGAAAAACACGAAAGUAUCGAACUCGUCGAGAAAAGUCCCUUGUCUACACUUCCUGACAACGCUAAAAAUGAGCAUCGUGGCACCAGUAUCCGUACAGACAGCGUUGAACUGUCUGAUGAUGGCGGUAAUCCUACAAAGUGGACUGCUCCAGGCGUUCCCCUCGCUCUUCCAGACCAAAAUGAAGACACGGGGCAGAUUCUUGACCGGCACAGCAGGGACCCGUCCGAUCGCACAUCAGGACCUCCCAGGAGUGACAAAAAAUUGACACAAGAGACGGCUAUUUUAGACGACAACAGUACUGACAGCGACGACGACGAUGAUGACAUUCCCGAAAACGUCGUCAACCCCGACAAGUGGAUGAAUCCGCACCAGCUUCAGGCCAUCCCCGACCAGAAAACCGACAAUCGCGAUUCCAUUCCUGACUCCGGGCACUCUAGAAAUGGUUCGGAGAGCUUUUGGAGUAACCCACUCACAUCGCUUGACAGGAAAAAGAUGGCAGAAGAUGGCAGAAGACCCUUUUCAAGGCAUGGACAAAGAUGA